AUGGACUUUCCACCAAGAUGUAACUUAGCUCGUGACAAGGAGAAUCAAGUUUGCAAGCUCAGAAAGUCAUUGUAUGGGUUAAAGCAAUCUCCUAGGGCAUGGUUUGGCAGAUUCACUGAAUCCAUGAAGAAUUUUGGAUAUAUACAAAGUAAUGCAUAUCACACUUCGUUCUUUAAGCGUGAUGGAAGAAGACUUACUGCAUUGAUUGUUUAUGUGGAUGACAUAGUCGUAACUGGAAACGACACAGGAGAGCAACUGAAACUGCAGAAGUAUUUGUCUCAGGAAUUUGAGAUGAAAGAUUUAGGUGAUCUGAAGUACUUUCUAAGAAUUGAAGUAGCCAGGUCCAUAACUGGUAUAUUUCUGUCUCAAAGGAAGUAUGUAUUAGAUCUGCUCACUGAAACAGGAAUGCUUGGAUACAAACAUGUUGAUACAUUCAUCAAGAUAAAUCACAAGUUAUGUGAAGACAUGGAUCAAGAACCAACCAAUAAGGAACAGUACCAACGCCUUGUUGGAAUGUUGAUAUAUUUAGCUCACAGAAGACCAGAUAUUGCAUAUGCUGUGAGUGUGGUUAGUCAGUUUAUACAUUCACCUUGUGUGUCCCAUAGGAAUACAGUUGAUCGGAUCUUAAGAUACUUAAAGUCAGCACCUGGGAAAGGGUUAACGUUCUCCAAAAAUAGAGAUCUCGAAGUUGUUGGAUAUACAGAUGCUGAUUGGGCUGGCUCCGUUACUGACAGACGCUCUACUUCAGGUUACUUCACUUUUGUGGGAGGUAACCUAGUCACUUAG